AUGCGUUACGCUCUUGUUUCCGCGGCUCUUGCAGCUACUGCUUCUGCCCAUGGACUGGUUACCAGGAUCCAGGGCGCUAAUGGUGUCAUGAUGCCCGGUCUAUCUGUUGCCGAUGGCACUCCCCGUGACUGCUCCAGCAAUGGCUGUGGCUCACAAGCCGAUACGGCCAUCAUCAGACAGCGUGAUAUCCGAAGCGGUCGUGCCAGUCCCCUCGGACGAACACAAGGCAAUGGCCCUAUUGAUGCCAGCGUCAUGGUCAGCAGCUUCAUGGGCGGUGCCAACACCGCCAAGGCCCCUACGAACAAUGGAGCAUCCGGUGCUGCCGGCCAGGAAGAUGACCUGUCUGCACUCCAGCAGCAGCGUCAGCAGCGCCGGGAGGAAGAAAAGCGACAGCUCGGUCAGCUCUUGGGCGGCGGCAAGGCCAACGGCGGAGGUGGCCUCCUCGGUGGUUUGCUCGGUGGUGGUGCCGGCGCCGGCAAGCAGACCAACGCUGCUCCCGAGAGCAUGGUUGCUGAUACCGCUGGCCAGGGAUCUUCCCAGGGUCUCCCUACUGCUGAUGAGAACGGCGAAGUGACCAUGGUAUUCCGACAGAUCAACCAAGACGGUGCCGGUCCCCUCAGCGCCUCCAUAGACGCCACGUCUGGCGGCACAAAAGCCGAGUCCUUCCAAAACGCCGAGGUCACCCAGGACGUCCCCGGCCUUGGAUUCGGCGGCCUCUCAACCGCCACGAAAACCGAUUUCCCUCUCAAGGUCAAGAUGCCCGCGGGCAUGACCUGCGAAGCCAAAGUCGGCGGUGCUGAAAACGUCUGUAUCGUUCGUGUUCAGAACACCGCUGCUGCCGGCCCCUUUGGUGGCUCUGCCGCCUUCACCCAGACCAAGACUGCUCGUGCGCGAGCCAUUGCUUACCGCCUCAAGAAGCGCAUGGAAAUCAACCGCGAUUAA